UGAACAAACGUUUCUCCAGACAUACGAAAAUUGUUAAGAGCAAAGCACUAGAACUUGUGUUUUUCUUACACUGUCAAGCUUCGAUUGCAAUGGCUGGAACCAUCAAGCCAAUGUUUGUCGUCCUCAUCGCGGUCGUGUCGAUCAUGUCGGUCGUUCCAGAGGGUGAGGCUGCGAUAGGUUGCGGCACUGUAGUUUCAUAUCUGAAUCCAUGCCUUCCAUACGUGACCGGAACUGGUGCGUUGGGUGGAUGCUGUAAAGGGAUUAAUGAUCUCUAUGCGGCGGCCCAAACCACAGCCGACCGACAGAGCGUGUGCGGCUGCCUGAAAGAUCUUGCUGCCUCGACCUCUGGCGUUAACCUCGGCAAAGCUGCUGGACUCCCCAGCCAGUGUGGUCUUAACAUCCCCUACAAGAUCAGUCCUUCAACUGAUUGCUCAAAGGUACAGUGAGCUUUGUUGAAGAAGAGAUCUAUAUUUUCAUGAACCAUCCGCUACAUUUUAUCAUAAAAUAUUAACAACAAAUAAAGAGUUUUAGUUCGCUGUGUCGGUGAACUUGAUCUAUUGUAGACGUAUCAUUAUUAUUGUGAUGCAAUGGUACCUACUUUUAUGUACUCAUUUCUUUCUUGGCUAUUAAUAUUGCACUUGUGUUA